UUCUUUUCCUUUCUUCAUUAAUUUGAUUCUCUCUCUCUCUCUCUCGUCGCCGUAAUCGCUGUUCCCUCAAGACUGCGUCCUCUCAAACGAUAGCCCGCGGCUUACCCACCUCCGCCGGCUAUCGUGGACUUCACUUAUCACUGUCUCAUCGCCUUUCGUUGUCAGACACCGUUGCGUUGCGUUGAUUAAAUAUGGGUUGCGGGCCGGCACCUUUCUCAGAGAUUGGAAAACAAACAAAAGAUCUUUUGACCAAAGAUUAUAAUUUUGAUCAGAAAUUCAUCUUUUCAGUUCCAAGCUCUUCAGUGAUGGGACUUACAGCAACUGGGGUGAAGAGAGAUCAUUUAUUUGUUGGUGACCUAAAUGCACAGUACAAGAGUGGAAACACCAUCGUGGAUUUGAAAUUUGAUACAUUUUCUAAAAUAUCUACCAAGGUGACUGUGGAUGGUAUAUUUCCCACUACUAAGGCAGCAUUAAGCUUUAGUAUUCCUGAUCACAAGUCUGGCAAGCUUGAUGUUCAGUAUAGCCACAACCACGCAACAAUAAAUUCCAGUAUCGGCCUGAACCCCAACCCACGUUUGGAAUUAUCCACUGCUUUAGGUAACAAGGACAUUGUUCUCGGAGGAGAAAUUGGUUUUGAAACCCAUUCUGCUUCUUUCACAAAGUGCAAUGCCGGGAUUGGAAUUAAGAGAACUGAUUUCAUCGUGUCUAUUCUAUUGGAGGAUAAAGGACAGACAGUGAGGGCAUCUUAUAUUCACCAUGUGAAUCAAUCAAGUGGAACCCAGGUUGCUGCAGAAAUGAUCCACAGAUUUUCUUCAGGAUUGGAGAACAGUUUUGCAAUUGGAAGCUCCCAUGCUUAUGAUCCCUACACCACAAUUAAAACUAGGUUUGUCAAUGAUGGAAAGGUCGCAAUGUUGUGCCAGAAGGAAUGGAGAGCGAGGUCACUGGUCACUGUUUCAGCAGAAUAUGAUCCCAAGGCCAAAGUCGCCCCUAGACUCGGUCUAGCCCUUGCUAUCAAGCCAUGAAGCAGGCAACAAUAUUUAUUUUUUGUGAUAUUGUUUUAACCCGAAGUCCGGUUCUUCACAUCUUAAUCCUUCUCGAGGUAUGGUUGGGAAAACGAACCCAGUUUGAAGAUAUUGGUAUUACAGUUUAGAUUACAAUACUUACAUUGAAUUUUAGGGAUAAGAAAUCUCCAUCCCUGCAAAUUUGCUUACAGAUAUUUGUUUUCAUUUCCCUGACACUUGUUAGAAUUGAAUUUGAAACAUGGACAUAAGAUAGUUCCAUUUGCUGAUGCCAUUGAUUUUAUUUUAUUGUCUUCUGCAAAAACAAACAAGUUUGCAACUUGUUGAUAAUUAAACUCUGAAUUCUGUGAA